UAAAGAGAAUUAUUAGAUUUAUAAAUAGAGUAAUUAAAAAGAAAAUAAAGAUGAAUAUUAUUUCAAAAAGAAGCGUUUUAAAUGGUGUUAAAAUGAGUAUUUUUGAGAUAAAAAGAAAACAGAGAGUUAUGAAGCAAAUACGCAUGAUACAUUCACAAGAAGGCGAUAAUUUUGAGUCGUUUAAUGAGAAAUAUGAAAAGUUCUUUCGAAAUGUUGAAGAUCUUUUUGAGUUACAACGUGGACUUAAUAAUGCGUUUGCAUAUGAUUUUGUUCCUAUGCCAUCGGUUAUCGAAGAAGCCUUACGAGCAGCAAGACGUGUCAAUGAUUUUCCUACAGCAGUUAGAAUAUUUGAAGGAAUUAAACAUAAAGUGAAUAACAAAAAAGAGUAUCAACAGUAUCUAGAUGAGCUUAAAUCAGUUCGUGAAGAACUUGGAAUUCCGUUGAAAGAAGAACUGGUAUAGAUUUGUAAUAAAUAUAUAAGAUAAAUAUGAGAAGAAGAGCCAUAAU